GCCCUUGAUUGCGCCAACGAAGACGCCGAUAACUCUUGCACCUCUCCACCCGACACGACCGACGCGCAUCGACACUCUUCACUUUCGACACCUGUUCGCGCCUUGCACAGUACAUCCCGCAGCAACCUCAAUAGCAUCCACCCUUACAGCACCAUCCACGAGCGGCAUAAGCGAUCAGAGACAGCAGUCGACAAGCACGCAUACACAAAUCGGCGAAGAGAGAUAGUUGCAAACAUGAAUCCAGAAUAUGACUAUCUGUUCAAGCUUCUGCUCAUCGGAGAUUCCGGCGUCGGAAAGUCUUGCCUGCUCCUUCGAUUUGCUGACGACACAUACACUGAGAGCUACAUCUCCACGAUCGGUGUCGAUUUCAAGAUCAGAACUAUCGAGCUUGAUGGCAAGACCGUGAAGCUCCAGAUUUGGGACACAGCUGGACAAGAACGUUUCCGCACCAUCACCUCUUCCUACUACCGUGGUGCUCACGGAAUUUGCGUCGUCUACGAUGUGACCGACAUGGACUCGUUCAACAACGUGAAGCAGUGGCUACAAGAGAUUGACCGCUAUGCCACAGAGGGCGUCAACAAGCUGCUUGUGGGAAACAAGAGCGAUAUGUCGGACAAGAAGGUCGUUGAGUACACGGUAGCAAAGGAGUUUGCCGACAGCCUGGGCAUUCCGUUCCUCGAGACAUCGGCCAAGAACGCUAGCAACGUCGAGCAGGCUUUCCUGACGAUGGCACGCCAGAUCAAGGAGCGCAUGGGCAACACCACAGUCAACAAUAAGCCCACCGUGCAAGUCGGCCAAGGCUCAAACGUGCAAUCUGGUAGCGCGGGCGGCUGUUGCUAGAGAUUGUACGGCAGUGGAGCAAACUUGAACUUGAGACGAGCGGACAGGAUAUGAAUGGGGGGCACUGCAUGCAGCAGUGUAUGCUGUACUGGGGCUGCUUUAAGGCGUUUAUGCAUGCUACUAGACUGCUUUCUUACCAGGGUAGAUGACUUUGGGCGCAUGGUUGGCCACCGGCUACCUCCAGGCAUCACGAGUACGUGAAGAACGAACAGGUAGCUUUUACUACUACAGAACGACGGCGCAUAAUGAGGUGUACAUCGCAGCACAAAUCCUUCAUGCCUCCUCCUCGAUGCAUUCCACUAUACCAGAGCAGUGCUGCCAUUCUCGGAACAUGUAACAUCGGUGUCGUGCAAUGUUAUGACUGCCACAG